AUGAAGGGAAUGGCGGACAACGGCUACCUGUACCUCAAUCGUAUAAUGACCCUUCCGUUCUCCAUACCAGAAAUAGCCAUCGAGUCCAAGAGGAAGAGUUUGCAGGACACCUUGACGAAACUGGAAGUUCUGAUCAGUACAGGGAACCUAGAAGAGGCCAACAAUUCAGAGAGCCAAAAGCAGAUCGAUGCACUGGCAUCCCAGUAUAUCCAUGAUGCUUUCCAAUACUUGCAAGAUGAAAACAAUUGUCUCUACCAUUAUGUCCCAGAUAACAUUAACCAGAUGACGAGGAUCGGCAACACCAUCAUUCUUAUGAUCAGGUUGAUGACUCAACAGCACCUCCUCAGGAACAAGCGCUGUAUCCAGAAUGUGGCCGGUUGGGUGGUGUUGGCCAACCAGUGGCCGUGUCGCUUGAGUUGGAUCCUCCAAUGCGUUGAAGACAAGUUGCAAUGCAUUGAAGACAAGUUGCACAGCGGUUAUGAGAAGAAGUUGAUGUGGGCCGUCUUUGUGGAGACUUGUCCUGAGCUGUUCUCCAAGCAAAAAGCACUCCAGAACCUCAUGGCCUUGGAUGGCGACCCUGAACUUUUUGAGAAUUUCUUGUCCGAUCACCAGAGCGGGGAAGACGUUUAUUGCAGCUCUUUAGUGAAGAUAUUGUGCCAAACCCCAACCCCAGUCACUGUGGGCUUCUGUUCACCAUACAAAAUACGCCUUCGCUUUCUACUGGACAAGAUUCAACAAAGUAUAAAAGAAUCCAUCCAAAAGGAAGAAAAAGAAUUCAGCAGGACUCGUGAGAGGUCCCAAGUCCCCAAAGGAAUAAACUACCUGAUCCUCCUCUGGUACAUCAUCUUCUACCAACCAGUCAUCACCGAGAAGCACCACAAAAGAAAAAACUUCAACUUCGUCUUCAUACAGUUCAGCGCCUGGGAGUAUGCAUGCAGCAACCAGUUGUGGGCUGGGUUGAUCACCACCCUGUGUGACCAUAUCCGCAAGCACUUCGGUCCCCUUCCCCUGAGUUUCUACCAAGUGGUAGGAAGCAAUCCAGAAUUAGACUUACAAGCCAACCAAGAGUGGAGGCUUAAAAAGAAAACGUGCUGCAUGGCAGUAGAACUCCUGCUGAUUGUCUUCCUAACUGUUGCAGGCCUGGCUACUGUCUUCUUCCUUGUGCCAGAUAUAAGGAAUGGCACAUUCUUGAAGUACCUUGGUAGCAGCAUUGCUGCCAUUUUGGGCUCAGGGUUCAUCAUAGCCAUCGCUCCUGUCAUCAAGAACUUGAUCAUCACCCAGAAGAAGAAGAUCGAGAGCAUGACCAGCGAUGAGAAGUUCACCAAAAAUUUAGGUUUCAGGAGUGCAAUGAAGAGAGAGAUUGAGGUCCUCACCAACUUUAUACGCUACAUGGAGAUCUUUGACCGUCAGCACUUGAAGAUUGUUAUUGAGAUCACAUCUUUAGAUAUAUGCUACCCUGAUCAGGUGGUCGGGGUGUUGAAUGCCAUCCACACGCUCCUUUCCGAUAAGGAUUCUCCCUUCAUCUUCAUCCUGGUGGUUGAUCCCUGCAUCAUCGUUUCUUGCUUGGAGCAGGCUAGCAGCAUGAAGGGAAUGGCGGACAACGGCUAUCUGUACCUCAACCGCAUGGUGACCCUUCCGUUCUCCAUACCAGAAAUCGCCAUCUUCUCCAAAAUGCAGAGUUUGCAGCACACCUUGGAGAGUCUGGAAGUUCUGAUCACUACAAAGAACCUGGAAGUGAGCAAAGAUUUAGAGAGUCAAAAGCAGAUCGAUGCACUGGCAUCCAAGUACAUCCGUGAAGCUUUCCAAUACUUGCAAGAUGAAAAGGAUUGUCUCUACCAUUAUGUCCCAAAUAACAUUACCCAGAUGCGGAGGAUUGGCAACACCAUCAUUCUUAUGAUCAGGUUGAUGGCUCAACAGCACCUGCUGAGGAAUAACCACUGUGCCCGGAAUGUGGUCGGUUGGGUACUGUUGGCCAAUGAGUGGCCGUGUUGCUUGAGUUGGAUCCUCCAGUGCAUGGAAGACAAGCAGCAGUGUCAACCGCCCAAUGGUUAUGAGAAGACGUUGAUGUGGGACGUCUUCAAGGACACUCGUUCUGAGCUGUUCUCCAAGCAAAAAGAACUCAAGAAUAUCAUGGCCUUGGAUGACGACCCUGAACUUUUUGAAAGAUUCUUGUCCGUUGAUUUUCGCUUCACCGUACAAGAAGGCAAUAAAUUCCUGAAGUAUACUGUCAACUUAGACUGUUCCAUAAAACGUAAGAUGGGACAGCUGCGGGCUCUGGGUAUUCUGGAGAAGAACUACAGCAAAGGUGGAGCAAAUUCAGAGAAGAGGGCUUAG